CUAGUCAGAUUCGUUUCUACUGCACCAUGGUGGGAACUCUAAGACUUUAUUUUUCAGAGCAGUUUUAGGUUCAUGGGAAAAUUGAGCAGAAAACACAGAGAUUUCCCAUGUACACCUUGCCCCCACUCUUGCAUGGCCUCCUCCACUGUCAGCAUCCACCAUCAAGAAUGGUACAUUUGUUGCAGCUGGUGAACCUGUCUGGAUAUGUUAUAAUCACCCAAAGUCCAUAGGUUGCAUAAGAGUUCACUCUCUGUGUUUGUAUUUUCUAUGGAUUUGGGCAGAUAUAUAUGAUGAUAUGUAUAAUGUACCCACCAUUUUACUAUACAGCAUAGUUUCAGAAAAUCCAGUUUUUUCAUCCUCUCUGUCUGUUCAUACCUCACUUCUCCAACCCCUAGCAACCACUGAUUGUUUUACUGUCUCCAUAGUUUUUUCUUUUCCACAGUGCCAUAUUGUUGGAAUUGUACAGUAUAUUGGAUUUUCAGAUUAGCUUCUUUCACUUAGUAAUACACAUUUAAAUUUCUUUCAUAUGUUUUCAUGGCAUAAUAGCUUGUUUCUUUUUGCCAGUGAAUAUGAUUCCAUUGUCUGGAUGUACCAGUUUAUCCAUUCACCUAUUGAAGGACAUCUUGGUUGCUUCUGGGGGUUGGCAAUUAUGAAUAAAGCUGCUGUAAACAUCUGUAUGCAGAUUUUCAUAUGGACAUAUGUCCUUACCUCCUUUGAGUGAAUACCAGGGAACAUGAUUGGUAGAAUUUAUGGUCUUGUAGACGAUGUUCUCCAAGCUCUAAGGAAGAAGUCAAGCAAGGAUUGAGGGGCCUUGGAGAGGAUCUUUUCUUAAAUGACAACAAUGACAAGAGAAAAUUGGGCCCACAAUGCUCUGAGACAAGAGGGCCUUGUUAAAGGGAAGGACGAUAUCUGGAAAUGGGGAACCAGCUUCCAAGGGAGCAGCUCCUCUGUUUGGGAGACCUCCCACCUGCAUUUUAGACAGUUGCGUUACCACGAGACAUCUGGACCCCAGGAGGCUCUGAGCCGGCUCCGGGAGCUCUGUCGCCGGUGGCUGAGGCCAGAAGCACGCACCAAGGCUCAGAUCCUGGAGUUGCUGGUGCUGGAGCAGUUCCUGAGCAUCCUGCCUGGAGAGAUAAGGACCUGGGUGCAGAUCCAUCGCCCUGGAAGUGGUGAGGAGGCCGUCGCCCUGGUAGAGGAGCUGCAGAAAGACCUCGAGGGACCAGGACUAAAAGUUCCAGUCCUUGUCCAGAAUCCGGACACUCUCCAGGAGGGCAUGAGCCCUCCAGGAAUAGCCCUUCCUCCUGCAGCCACAGGCAGCCACAUAUCAGCUGAAAUUCACUCAAAUCCUCUUACUGACCCAGUGGUGUUCAACUUGCUCCAGGAUCCUCAACAUGAUUCUCCUGCCCCUGAAGCUUCUGCCCUUUCCCAGGAAGAGAACCCAAGAAAUCAAUUAAUGGCUCUCAUGCUCCUGACAGCCCAGCCCCAGGAACUGGUGAUGUUUGAGGAGGUAUCAGUAUGCUUCACUUCAGAGGAAUGGGCAUGUCUGGGCCCAAUUCAGCGGGCCUUGUACUGGGAUGUGAUGUUGGAGAAUUAUGGAACUGUGACUUCCUUAGAAUGGGAGACCAUGGCCGAGAAUGAGGAAGUGACAUCAAAGUCAAGCAUAUCUCAAAGAGCAGAUUCUCAGAAAGGAACAUCAAAAAGACUUCAAGGAUGUGUUCCCCAGGUUCUUGACUUUGGGGAAGAAUGUGAAUGGCACGUUUCGACAAGUCAGUGGGGAAAUGAAACAAAGGAAAGAGAUACAUUGAAGAAAGUUUCCCUGUGUGAACGAGACAGGAAGAAAAGGACUCCACCAGAAAAACGAAGCCAGAAGUGGAAGGAAUUUGGAGACAGCUUGUCUAUAGAUUCAGCUCUUUCUGAAAGCUUAAUAGGUACUGAAGGAAAGAAGUUUUAUAAAUGUGAUAUAUGUUGUAAACAUUUCAAUAAAAUCUCCCAUCUUAUAAACCAUCGGAGAAUACACACUGGGGAGAAACCUCAUAAAUGUAAGGAGUGUGGAAAAGGCUUUAUUCAGCGCUCAAGCCUUCUAAUGCAUUUACGGAACCAUUCUGGGGAGAAACCUUAUAAAUGUAAUGAAUGUGGGAAAGCUUUCUCUCAAAGUGCUUACCUUCUAAACCAUCAGAGAAUCCACACUGGGGAGAAACCUUAUAAGUGUAAGGAGUGUGGAAAGGGCUUCUAUAGGCACUCAGGCCUUAUUAUACAUCUAAGGCGCCAUUCUGGGGAGAGACCUUAUAAAUGCAAUGAGUGUGGGAAAGUUUUCUCUCAAAAUGCAUACCUCAUUGACCACCAGAGGCUCCACAAAGGUGAAGAACCUUAUAAAUGUAACAAGUGUCAGAAAGCUUUCAUCCUGAAGAAGAGUCUCAUUCUGCACCAGAGAAUCCACUCUGGGGAAAAACCCUAUAAAUGUGACGAAUGUGGAAAAACGUUUGCCCAGACCACUUACCUUGUUGACCAUCAGCGGCUGCACAGUGCAGAGAACCCAUAUAAAUGUAAAGAAUGUGGGAAAGUUUUCAUUCGAAGCAAAAGCCUCCUCUUACACCAGAGAGUUCACACAGAAAAGAAGACCUUUGGUUGUAAAAAAUGUGGGAAGAUUUUCACUUCCAAGUCAAAUCUCAUUGACCAUAAGAGGAUGCAUAGCAGAGAGAAGCCUUAUAAAUGUACUGAAUGUGGGAAAGCCUUCACUCAGAGUGCUUACCUUUUUGACCACCAGAGACUCCAUAAUGGGGAGAAGCCCUAUGAAUGUAAUGAAUGUGGGAAAGUUUUCAUUCUGAAAAAGAGCCUCAUUUUACAUCAAAGGUUCCACACUGGAGAGAAUCUCUAUGAAUGUAAAGACUGUGGCAAGGUCUUUGGUUCUAACAGAAACCUCAUUGACCAUGAAAGACUUCACAAUGGGGAAAAGCCCUAUGAGUGUCAAGAGUGUGGAAAAACUUUCAUCAUGAGCAAAAGUUUCAUGGUCCAUCAGAAACUCCAUACACAGGAGAAAGCCUACAAAUGUGAGGAUUGUGGGAAGGCUUUCAGUUAUAAUUCAAGCCUGCUCGUACAUCGGAGAAUCCACACCGGGGAAAAGCCCUUUGAAUGCAGUGAGUGUGGAAGGGCUUUCAGUUCUAACAGAAACCUCAUUGAGCAUAAGAGAAUCCACAGUGGUGAGAAACCCUAUGAGUGUAAUGAGUGUGGCAAAUGCUUCAUUCUGAAGAAAAGCCUCAUUGGACAUCAGAGGAUUCACACAAGGGAAAAAUCUUAUAAAUGCAAUGACUGUGGGAAGGUCUUCAGUUACCGCUCAAACCUUAUAGCCCAUCAGAGAAUCCACACUGGUGAGAAGCCCUAUGCAUGUAAUGAGUGUGGGAAAGGCUUUACUUACAACAGAAAUCUUAUUGAACAUCAAAGAAUUCACAGUGGGGAAAAGACCUAUGAAUGUCAUAUAUGUAGAAAAGUCCUUACCUCUAGUAGAAAUCUUAUGGUACAUCAAAGAAUCCAUACUGGAGAGAAACCUUAUAAAUGUAAUGAGUGUGGAAAAGACUUCAGUCAGAAUAAAAAUCUUGUUGUACAUCAAAGAAUGCAUACUGGGGAAAAACCAUAUGAGUGUGAAAAGUGUAGAAAAUCUUUUACUUCUAAGAGGAAUUUAGUUGGCCACCAGAGAAUACACACAGGGGAGAAACCAUAUGGCUGUAAUGAUUGUAGUAAAGUUUUUAGGCAAAGAAAAAACCUUAGUGUACAUCAAAAAACUCAUACAGAUGAAAAAAACUGUGAAUGCGAUGAGUCUGAAAAAGAAUUCUCUCAGACUUCAAAUGUUCAUCUUCAACAAAAAAUCCAUUCUAUGGAGGAAUUCUCUUGGCUCCACAAUGCCCAUGAGUCUAAGACAGAGAUUCAGAAAAUCUAGUAUUUGUAAAAUGAAAUAGAAUCCCUGCCUACUUGGGUAACUUUUGGAUAAAGGGUAGCAUAUGAGUUUUAUAAGGAGAAAAAUCAUGACCCUUUUAUAGACAAGUAUGUUACAUGAGGAAGAAAGUUAAUCUAGACUUUCAAGACUACAAAAACAAAUUGUAGUUAAAAGAUACUCUAUUCUAGACCAUUUAUUAUGACCCUAGAAAAGGACCUUGUAGCAAUUAAAGAUUCCAAGAAAUUGGAUUAUGUUUUAUAAGAUGUAUAAUGUCAUUGUAAAUGAUAGCAAAAAUAUCUUUGUAUUAAAAAGUGGACAUUUUUGAAAUAUAUAUAUAUAGAUAGAGUACAUUUUAUAGGUAGUAUUACUGCUACAGAAAAUCUGUGUAGACCUCUGUGAUUAAGGCAUAUCAAACAUGGAAUUCCAUGGGCAAGAGUCUGCUGUUUGAGGACAACUUAAGAACAUUAGAUUUGGAAUCAGAAAACCAAGGUUUGUGUCCUUUUUCUUACUAGCUCUGCGAUGUUAUUGAAUUAUCCUCUAAGUCUCAGUUUCUCUGUCAGUCAAAUACUGACAUAAUGCCUACCUCAUAGGGUAUUGUGAAGAUUAAGUGAAAGGAUCAUGUGAAAGUACUUUAUGAAAUAAUUUAAUUGUAAAGUUGCAUAAAAGAUAUGGUCAAAAUCUAGAACAUGGCAUAAUGUAAUAUUUGUUCGUUAAUUUAAUAUUAGUACUUCAUGAACCUCAAAAGAUUUGUUUUUAUAGGAAGAGGAAGUAUGAUAGCUAAUUCAGAAUUUAGUGCUCUAAAAAGGCUUUUUAAAAACAGCUUUAAAAAUGUUUAAGGGAGAUAAUAGGUAAUAUACCUAGGUUUUUUAAUGGAGAAAUAUUGGCUUAUUAAAUAGUAUGUACAGAAAUUCUCUGGUGGCUCAUUGGAUUUAGGAUCCAACAUUGUCACUUCUGUGGCUAGGGUCACUGCUGUGGUGCAGCUUCGAUCCCUGGCUCUGGAAAUUCUGCAUGCUGCGGAUUCAGGAAAAAAAAUUGUAUGUCCAGCCAUUAACAUGAUGUCAAGAAAAACAAUUUAUUUUUCAACUUUUGAAUUUUAAACCUAGCAGAUGUCGAGUGUCAAAAUCGAAGGACAGUCCUAUGUUGCUUUCCUUGUUGACAGCAGAAAAUCCUUAACCCCAACGCCUGAACUGACUAUUCCUGCUACUGUCAUUCUCAAUUCUAAUCAACAUUUCAUCAUUACUUACAUACAAGUACCUUGUUACUCAAGAAACAACAUUCGGUCCCAGCAUUCAAGUUACUACAUAAGUUUUUCACACAAACUAAAGCCCUUUUCUGCAUUUGUAUAUUUAAAUUUUGCUGUUUU